GAGCUAUAUUACUACAAUGGAUGGACUGAUGACAUGAAAGGAUAGCUGCUGUGUUCGGGUUGUAUGCUCGUGCUUUCAUACCCACAUUACAGAAUGAGAGUUUUUAACGUACUGCCGAGGCUUUCCCAAGCAACUCGGGAUUUUCUGUUUACGACGCGCAGAGUCGUUUAUAACUCAACAUCCUCAUUCACUAUAAAUUUUACAGAAUUUGGUGACAGCAUGUCGUCUGAUCAAAAGGAACAGAAAACAUCACCAGUUCCGACAAAUGAAAAGGGUGAAUAUAAAGGGGCUACGACUGCAUUUCGCAACUGGAUCACGGCCGAUGGAGAAUUUCAGCCGGAGAAAAGCCGUUAUCAUCUGUACGUGUCAUUGGCAUGCCCGUGGGCUUCCCGAACUCUCGUAACGCGUAAACUAAAGGGGCUGGAGGAUACCAUUGGAGUUACAGUGGUAGAUUGGUUGUUGGGAGAGAAAGGAUGGUUCUUCUCGAAUGAUAAACCGAAGACAUCACUUGAUACAGUCAACAACUGCAAAUAUAUGAGGGAGAUUUACGAGCUUGCAAGCCCGGGUUACACCGGUCGCGUGUCUGUACCCGUACUUUGGGAUAAGAAGAACAGAACCAUCGUCAACAAUGAAUCUGCUGAGAUCAUGCGGAUGUUCAACAAGGAGUUCAAUGCUUUUUCCGCCACCAAGGAACAAGGAGAAUUGGAUCUGUGCCCUGCAGAUCUUUUGGAAGAUAUCGAUGAGGUUAAUUCGUGGAUCUAUGACUUCAUCAACAUUGGAGUUUACAAAUGUGGCUUCGCAACCAGUCAGGAAGCUUAUGAUGAUGCUGCUCCCAAACUCUUUGCCGCCCUUGACAGAGCCGAAGAAGUGUUGUCUAAAUCCCGAUAUCUUUGUGGAGAUAGAAUGACAGAAGCCGACAUUCGACUCUUCACCACUCUCGUCAGGUUCGAUACAGUCUACGCCCAUCAUUUCAAAUGUAACAAGAAGCGGAUCGUUGACUACCCGAAUCUUUGGGGUUUCACCAGGGAUAUCCACCAGACGCCAGGAGUAAGUGAGACUGUAGAUCAAGAACAUAUCCAGAAGCACUACCAAGUGAGCCACGUACACAUCAAUCCGAAUCGCAUAGUGGCCAUUGGGCCCGACCUGGACUUUGAUAGCCCACAUGGAAGUGGGCCUGCAGACGUAAAAUUUUCAAAGUAGAUAGUUAGUACUUUAAAGACUUUACUGUUAUACCCUUUAGGAUUGUAGCCUUAUUAAUAUCUGACAUUGUACUUGCUAAAAUCUGUUCAUAGGCCUAUCUAUAGUUGUAUUCAGUUAAAAAGCAGUCUAUAGUUUUCUCAAUAUAAUAGAAACGUUUUCUCAAAAUAAUGUGUGGAUUAGAAUAUUCAAAGCAUUAUAAGCGAAACUCUGCGAAAGAAUAUACAUGGAAAGUCUGUUUAUCAUGACAUUGUACAGA